CCUGUUUCCCUUCCCAUUUGAACACUUUCUUCCUUUUUUCCCAAAGGAAUCUUUAAAUGUGCUUUAACAAGUCCUCCUUAGCUAACUCAACCAGGUUUUAACUAGUCUCCUAAUUCGGGUGGGGAAGUCGUUGGUAGUGAUAGUUUUUCUUUUCAGGAAUUUUGUGAGUAAACUGCUAUAUUUUUAUGACUAAAGACGUGGGCAUGGGGCCGCGGAUGUAGCUCAGUGGUUCCGCCACCUGCCCCACAAGUGCAAGGUCCCGAGUUCAAUCCCUGGUACCAAACAAAAAAAAAGACAUGGGCAUGGAUUCUGAUAUGGCUGCUUUUAAAAUAUCCACUCUGCACUGUCUAAUUAAGCACAGAAUCCGUCAUCUAUGUAACUUGAAAGAUUAUGGCUUCAGGAAGACUUUCAAUAUACCCAGAAGUGAUGUAUUUCUCAGUUUGCUUGGAAGGUUGGCAUCUCAGAAACACGAGCUUAUCACUUACAGUGUUUGUUUUGGUGAAUGUUUAUAUGAGUAUUUUAUUUAAACACAGACAAAAAAACCUCAGAGUGGCCCUUACAUGUGUGAGCUAAAAAUGAGUUCGGAUUGAGUUUGCUAUGGACAAUUUCCCCAACAUUUAGAAUAGCAGAGGAAAUACAUCAGGUGUCAAAUGCUCUUUUCUGAUAAAGGAAGCAACUACAGAAAGUUUGUAUUUGUUCAAAGUAACCAGUGCUAUUGAUACCAAACAAACAAAAGCCAAGAACUCCCCAGAUGCAGUACUACUUUCAAAGCCAACAUGUUACACUUGAUUUUCAUUAGAAUGCAGGGUUUUUUCACACUAGUAAAUCAAAAACAAAGACAGGUCUCUCUUCACCAAAGCAACUACAAUCUGAGGACAUUACACAUUCGCCUCUUCCGCCUGCGAUGCCAGCCUGUCUGAAUCUUCCCAUUUUCCCAGAAACAUCCACUUUCUGCUCUCGGCUUGUCAGCAGCGUCUCUCCUUUGAUUUGCUAUCAUCAGAUUCACUGUCAGAUAAAGAGUUUCUCUUUGUACUGUCUUCUUCUUUAUGCGCUAUUUGAGAAUGAGAGACAGCUUCCGUGAACUGCGGGCAGUCUGCAUUUUCUUCCGGUUCCCGUGCACCGUCAGCAUCGGUAAAUCGCUCCAACUUGAGAAAACCUCCGCCUCCCCAUUCACCGCCUGCCCGUCAGUGCGGUUUUCCUGGAGGACAUCGCCCACCCAUUGCAGGCGUGCAGAGCCCUUAGCGCCUGGGCUGCUCGCUCGGCCCAGGGAGGCCCCUGCUUUCCAGGGCAGCGAGGACUCAAGGCUCAGGGAGAAGCCAGCGGAAGGGACGGCGGCACGGAGACCCCUGGGGCACCACCGCAGCAGCGGCGAGUUCUUUGUCAGCCGAGGCCUUGGGUUGACCGUGACUUCGAGUCAGAAUAUGAUCUGCAGCCUCAGAAAUCCUGCAGGAGAGCUCAGGGCGCCCCUGCCCAGCGAGGCCUGUGAACACGGUGGCCCUGCAGCACCCCACUCAGACCUCACCACAGCUUUCGCCAGCGAAGGCUGUGAAAUCAAGGUGAGACUGGGCAGGGGCCCAGCGAGGCCCAGACCGUGCUGGGCCCUGGCAGCUUUCCUGCCUUCGCUCCUCGACUCUGAGUUCAACCUGGGGCUCGAUCUCACCGUGUCCAGGGGAGAAAAGAGUCCUGGCUACAAGGAGGCGCCGCCAGAUGCAAGAAGCCAGGGCCUCAGGGCAUUCAAAUCUUUUUUUCUAAGCAUAAAAGGCUUUUAAAAAAUUGGAAACUGAACAUCAGAGGAAGCCUUAGUUUCGAUCAGCAUGCUUAAUUUCACAGGAAAAGCUUGUCCAAUAGCAUCUCUUAAGAAAAAAGUAUUGUUUUUCCUGUAGUUAUAUAGUGGUGCCUCGGUUCAUGAACUUAAUUCUUUCCAUGAUUCUGGUUGCAAACCGAAUUGGACAAGAACCAAAUCAAAUUCAAUGUUUAGGUUCAAUGUUGACCUUAUGGAGAAAUGUGAUUCAGUUCUCUUCCAGUUUGGUUUUCAACCAGAAUCAUGGAAAGAAUUAAGUUCACAAACUGAGGUACCAUCAUGAGUAAUAUUUAAAUUUUUUUCAGAAAAUAUGGCAAAGUAUGAAGAAGAAAAUAACCAUCUCUCUUUAUCCCCCCAAAUUAAUAAACAUAUAUUUUGACACACCUAUGAGUUGUGUUUCUAUGAUACAUUCUUAUAAAAACAUACUGAGGCACAUAUAGGAAAAUCUGAUUUGAUAGGGUGUGGAUCAAAAUUGACUGUCUUUUGCCCAUUUUUUUCUGUUUCCUGGUUGACUUAUGAAAGUUAUUUACAUAUUAAAGAUCUUGUCUUCGGUUAAGUUCCCUAGAAAUAAACCCGGAGACAGGUUCCCAUGCACAAAUUUACUGGAAGGCUGAAGGCAUCCUUGACAUCAACCCAAGGGGAAGUGCAAAAGGCAGGCAGGAUGAGAGAGCUGGAUCAUAGCAGGGUCUCACCUCACUGACCCCACAGAGACACUGGAGUGAGGGUCAGGCUUCAGGGCCUCUUCCCUGGCCUGUCCUUGGACUAGGGACACCCCAAGGCUGAAUGAAGCGCGACCUCGGACACUGUUGCUGUCUUGUCAGGACAUGGUGGCACACACAUGUAAUCCCAGCACUUGGGAGACUGAGGAAGGAACAUUGUGGUGAGUUGGAAGCUACCCUGGGCUACAUAGAGAGUUCAAGGCCAGCCUGAAUUACUAGAGAGACCCUGUCUUAAAACAAAACAAAAAGAAUUGUAAU